AUGGCUAAGCGUUUAGAUGGCAUAAUAUUUUCUGCUCUUCUUCAGUUACGCCCCGCCCCCAACAAGACAAACUUAGCACUCGCGCGUGGUUUUUCGUCAAUCCAAAAGAUGGCUGAACCUUGUGACUUGUUCGAGUACACAACCGGACGAUGGAUCUACAAUGACGCGUUAAGACGCCGCGAGAGGAGACGUAUUUUCAAUGUCUCUGAACUGAAGCGCCUUGCUGCCCUAGCGAUUCAGCAAAAAGAAGGUGACGUCGCCGGUUUCGAAAAGCUUGCCGAAGGAGGAUUCAACCGAAGUUUUAAGAUCACCAUGCGAAACGGCUUCCAAUUUGUUGCGCGAAUUCCUUACCCUGUUACCGAACCAAAAUUCCUGGUGGUCGCAAGUGAAGUCGCGACGAUAGAUUUUCUCCGUUCUCAUGGCAUUCCAGUUCCUAAGAUUUUAGGUUACUCUACCAGUGCAGAUAAUUCUGCAGGUACAGAAUACAUCUUCAUGGAACUUGUCCAAGGGCAAAAUCUAGGUGAUAUAUGGUAUACCUUGUCUGAGCAGGAGAGGAUAACGCUUGUCACAAAGCUUGUGCAGUUGGAGUCUCGCCUAUUUGGUUUACAGUUCCCAGCAAGUGGAAGUCUCUAUUACUUCGAUGAUUUACCAGCCCACGACCACCCAGUCAUUGUUCCAAGCCCUAGCUCGACCCGCCGCUUCUGUAUCGGCCCCGAUACUUCACCCGGAUUAUGGUAUGGGAAAAGACUCGACUUAUCGGUUGAGCGCGGACCAUCGGUUCUCACUGCCGGAGCCACGAAAGAGAUUGCGUAUCUCAAAAAGUUUGGACGAGCUCUUCAGCCAUUUCAGCGUCUCCGCAGAGAGAUGUACAAUUACAAGGUCCAAUCCCACCUCGAACAUAUUGUGAAUCUGGAGAAAUACCUGCAAAUUGCGCCUCACCUUAUACCGCGUGAUUGUCCUGCUCUUCAUCGUCCGGUCAUACGACAUCCCGAUCUUCAACCCAACAACAUAUUUGUUUCCAAUGAGCUAGAAAUCAAAGGGUUAAUCGAUUGGCAGCAUAGUGCGGUUCUUCCACUAUUUCUGCAAUGUGGUAUUCCACAAAGUCUUCAGAAUUAUGGCGACGAGGUCUCGGAAUCACUGCAAACCCCUCAUUUACCAAGCAAUUUCGAUGAACUAAAAAGGAUAGAGCAGUUCCAGCAUGCAGAAAUUUUCCGCAAGCGUCAACUUCACUAUUUCUACGUCAAAUUAACCGCGGAUAACAAUUCUGAGCAUUACGAUGCCUUGACCUAUCAUUUCAGCGCGUUAAGGCGGCGAAUUUUUCAGCAUGCCAGUGACCCUUGGGAGGGUGACAAUGUGACCUUGAAGGCUGAUUUAGUUGCACUAUCGAGAAAUUGGAGAAAAGUAGACCGGGGUGCAAGAACACCUUGCCCAAUCUUCUUUUCAGAUGACGAGUUGAGCGAAUGUUUGCGACUAGAACGUGAACAAUCAGAAGCUGAUGAACAAUUUCAGGCUUGCCAAGAAGCAAUUGGAGUUGGAAGUGAGGGAUGGGUGCCUGUUACACACUACGAUGAAGCAAAAGAACGUGAGCAAAAAUUAAAAGCAGAUGCUCUUGAUGCAGCUGAAACAGAGGAGGAAAGAGUCAAAAUUCAAGAAAAUUGGAUUUUUGAUGACUUUUGUGAGGAGGAUUACAUGUGA